AUGGGUCUCAAACGAAGCCAUGACAAUGGUAAUGAUGAUGUCGAACCCUUUUUGAAUGGGAAUGGCGGAAGUAAGGAAUAUGACAGCGAUGAGUCCCUACAUCUGCCUGCUGUUAUUUACUCAGAAAAGGGUGGUCGCCCCAAGAAGAAAAAGAAGGAAAGACGGUUGUCAGGGACACCAGACGUUCACGAAUAUAGCUCUCCAUCAAAAGAGUUACCUAUGGAACAGCAAAAUCAUGAAACUCCAACAAAGAAGGACAAGAAGACAGAUGAUUCAAGAUUUGCUGUCUUUUUAAUUCGAAAACCUAUUGAGCUUUCACCCGAAGAUCUUAGUGGUGCACACAUCCCUAUCGAUUCGUGUUCUUCUCGGGAAAAAAGAGUUGCCAUAAAUGAUAAGACUUUUACGAUUCGUGCCUCUGGUCCUUCAAUCCAAAUGUUCCAUAUACCUGCUGAAAUUAUUCACUCUUCAGAAAAGUCAAGGUUUAAAGGCAUAGGCAAUCCCAUUAGCGGCACUGUCGUGAUAUCAAGAGCAGAGUUUUAUCAAAAAGCAGACGCCCUGAAUAAAGGUGAAGGACUUUCACAGGAAUCGCUCACCGAUCUUCCCUUCAAAGUUAUUAAGAAGAAAGCUCGACACACAGACAUGGCGACUCCUGUGUGUACUAUAUCGAAAGGGACUGGUAGUUCAACUACAGGCAAACCAAUCCACUCGGUACCAUGCAAGUAUUUCAUAACUGAAGAAGGCCCUGAUGCGAGGAAGACGGCAGCUUUUCGUGGCCAUGGUCUUGAAGGCGUAACCCUUCCUGCUCCACCAGGCUAUGAAAUGUGUGUUCUUAGUAAAAGAAGUGAGGGUCAAAACACUUUCGAUAUAGAGACCAGGCAGAAAUCGUUCGUGCUCUGGGAAUGGGAUCGUGAAGCUGGAAAACGAUCAACUACCUCGAGAGCCUUAUCACAAUUACGGAUCGCUCAAGCGCUUGCAGAAGACUGA